AUGUCACACUCUGAAGAAUUUUUAGCUUUCCAAUUUUGGAGAUAUCUGUGUCAUGUCCGGCUAAACAAUCGAAACAAAGAGAAAGCCGAAGCGUUGCUGUCGGAGUUCGCCGAUGAAGACGACGAAGCGGCAAUUUACACCACGUGGUCCAGCUUCUCAAUUUGUCAACAUGUGUUAACUGCAAUUUCCUUUAAAUUGGAAAUCUACUAUCUAAAUCGUGAUUUGUGGCGCAUGUAUCUUCUGUCCAUGGCGCAUCGGAGAAGCAAAUUGCAGAGAAGACAGAUUAUUAAAAAAAAAUUGGUUCCUUACCGACCAGAUAGUCCAAAGGAUCUAGGGCGCUAGCAGACCAUUCCCCGUUCCAGAAGGAGGUAACCACACAACAUCAUUUGUUUCUCUUAGUCCUUGAACUGGGGAUAGGAGAUUUAUUGAGAAAAUAGGUUGCUGGAUAGUUGAUUUUUCCCACACUUGUCUUGCAAAAUGGCAUUGAUAUAGCAUAUGUGUUGUAACAUUGAUCUUCUUUACUUUUAUAAGUUUCUGUUUCUGUGUUUUCUGUUUUGUAAAU